AUGUCUUCCGCCUUGGAACUUCACUCAAUCUCAAAAGCUAAAUCGACUGAGCCCGGCUUGAAGGACGAUUUGAUUGCUUCGCCACCACUUCCUCAGCUCGAGGGAAACGCAACUCCUUUGCAGCUUGUGUCCAGUCGUCGACAAAGCGACCUUCGCAGCAGAGAACAUAUAUUUCGUGAGAGGAUUCAACUCUUUGCCCUCUAUUGGUGUAUGUUCACGGCCGGAUGGAACGACGGAUCCGCAGGGCCAUUAAUCCCCCGCAUCCAGAGCGUCUAUCAUGUCGGCUUUGCUGUGGUCUCUCUUAUCUUCGUGUUUGCAUGUGUGGGCUUCAUUGGAGGCGCCAUAAUCAACGUCCCUUUGACGGACCGACUCGGUUUUGGCAAAAUGAUAACAUUAGGCAACGAGACGCCAAUAUCGCCCACUCCUGCUAACUGCUUCUCUAGGCUCACUGUUCCAAGUGAUCGCUUACACGAUGCAGUCACCAGCACCUUCAUUCCCCGUCUUCGUGUUAUCAUACCUAAUGGCUACAUUGCCAGUCUGAAGCACAAUCCCGAAAUUAAGAUGGGGUUAUUACAUGGCGCCUAUGGUGCUGGUGCUCUGGCUUCACCUUUAGUCGCGACCCAAUUCGCGCAACUCCCACACUGGUCAUUCCAUUACCUUGCAUCUCUUGGUAUCGCCCUCAUCAACGCCGCUGUCAUAUUCUUUGUCUUCAGGUUGAAGACACAGGAUGAAUGUCUGGCGACCGUUGGCGAGGCAGCUGGCGAAACGGGAACCAGCGAGCAUAGUACCUUCCGCCAAAUCAUGGCGCUCCCCACAGUGCAUCUUUUGGCAUUUUUCAUUCUUGUAUAUGUUGGCGUGGAAGUUACCAUCGGUGGUUGGAUUGUCACGUUCAUGAGGGAUGUCCGUGGUGGAGGAGCAUCUAGUGGGUAUGUUUCUGCGGGGUUUUUUGGGGGUCUCAUGACCGGUCGAAUUGCUUUGCUGUGGCUCAACCAAAAGAUUGGUGAACGCAGAGUCAUCUAUGUAUACUCGCUCCUAGCUAUUGCGUUUGAACUCGUCGUAUGGCUAGUUCCCUCGCUUGUAGGAGACGCCGUCGCGGUCUCCAUCGUCGGCGUUCUGCUGGGUCCAAUCUACCCUCUUGUGAUGAAUCACACUGGACGAGUAUUGCCGCGUUGGCUUCUUACAGGGGCCAUAGGCUGGAUAGCGGGCUUUGGGCAAGCAGGGUCAGCCGUAUUCCCAUUCAUCACUGGCGCUAUUGCAAGCAAGACAGGAAUCAAAAGUCUUCAACCGCUACUCGUGGCGAUGAUGGCCUUUAUGCUUGUCUUAUGGUGGAUUGUCCCAGGACACCGAAAAUUAGAAUAA